AUGUUCCAAACCCAAUUUUCCCCCAUUAAUUUCCGGGAAACCAAAAUAAUAAAAGCUAAUUAUAAACGUUUUCAUGAAAUUAGGGCAAAAGUACAAACUGAAACUAAUGAUGCCCUAAAUGAAAAUGAAAUCUCUGCAAUAAAGAAGAGUGGCUUUAGGGGCCACGUAGACAUUAGUUACAAAAGCUCUGCGUCUUUUAGCCCUCUGCCUCUUCAACAGUACUUUACGACAAUGAAAAAGAUCGUGAUGCGUAAAUUAAGAUCCCCUGUUUCUCACUGCAUGCUCGUUACCAAAUGCCAAACGACAUUACAAAUCGGAUAUAUCGAUUGGAUGGAAUCCAAAAGUUUAUCCAAUAUAAUCGACUAA